AUGGAUAAGUCAUUACAUAUGAGUGAUUCAAGAGACCCAAACGCCAUGAAUGCAAAUUUGGAACAGACACUGAUACGUCAAACAUUUGUAAAUAUUCCAAGCGAACCAACAUUGACACCCGCAAAUGAAAACGCAGGCCAAAUACAUAUCGAUAUGCCACAACCUCCUCCAAAGUACGUAACAACACAACCUCAACCUAUGCAACUUCCAGAGUAUACAACAACAAAAUUUCAACCUGUCAAACAUCCAAAUUCUUCAAUAUCUACUCCAAGCGUUAAACUCUCUUUGGAUGAACCGCCCGCUAAAUUUUGUAAAAUCUGCCAUGAAUCUGAAGUUAUAGAGGAAGAAGAAGGAGGAGGACCAUAUAUAAAAGACAAAUUAAUAUCACCAUGUAAAUGUAAGGGCUCACUACAAUAUGUUCACAUAGGAUGUUUGAAUCAAUGGCGAGCAUCUUCAACUCGAAAAGAUUCUUCGUAUCAAUGUGAAGUUUGCAAAUAUGAAUACAAAUUUUAUCGACAAAAAUUAGCGAUCAUCAUUUCUAACCCUAUUUUUUUACAUUUGGUAACUUUCAUAAUGUUUUUGAUAAUUAUUUUUAUAGUUUCAUGGAUAGUAAAAUUAAUUGAUAAUAAGGGACGACUAGUUAAUAAUAAUGAUAAAUUAUGGACGAAUAAAUCCAUAUUAGGCCUUAAAGUAAUCUAUUUCAUUUUUGGAAUAUGUAUAAUCUCAAUUUUGAGUUUAUUUUAUAUGAUGAUUUAUUCUUGUCGUAAAGGAUUUGUUGAUACAAGAGAUUCUUAUUGUUAUUGCGGCGGAUGUGGUUUGUUUAUGCCUUGGGAUCUUGGAUGUUCAUGUUCCGACAGUGGUGAAUGCAACAUCAUUAUAUUGGUGUUAAGUGUAAUAAUGUUGUCAAUCAUAAUAUUGAUAGGAAUUAUUGGAGUCCUGAGCGCUGGGUAUUUGUUGAUACAAAAAUAUACUAAUAUCUAUUUAGAUGGUUUGAAAGAAAAGAUCUUGGAAGUUGAAAAGGAAUCAUAA